AUGUUUCAGCGAAUUGCAUUAUUUUACAGCAACCAUAUCAAAAACUACCUGUUUCCCAAUGAUGAGGGGUCUGAUGAAGGCAAUAAGAAACUGCACUAUAAGAAGAUUAGACUAGCAGGCCAGGACAUUCAGAACACAGAACUGCCUCUGGAGAAUAGAAUACUGGCAGUCCACAACAUUGGCCUACUGGGAUACACAGGUGGCUAUGCAGCAGCAACCUGUGCUGCAGAGUACAUGCCAGCCAUGGCAGACUUCCUCAAGCAGCACAGCCUGUCAGAUGACCAGAGGAUCUCUGUGCUAGAGGGGCUGUCUGGUGUCUGUUAUGUCCACUUGACCAACCAGAAGCAGGCCCACUCAAUAGGCCUCUACUCCACACUACAGGAGCUGAUGGACCCCACCUGCCCACUGUCUCUAUCCACAAAGGCUAAAAUGUGGAGCUGCUACUUGCUCAACAUCCUGUGUUGUAACAACAUCCCAGUUAUACGCACCUUGGUGGGGUCACAGAGCCUGAGGCUGACCCUAGAGGCUCUGGAGGGACAGGACUGGUACGGCUGGCCGAAGAACUACGCCAGGGAACUGCUCUGCAUGCUAGGGUUCUGGGCACCACAGGUUGUUACAGCAAUAGGCGCAGGACAGGUUACAGUGCAAAACGAUGGCUCUUAA